UUGAGAAACAUUUGGAACUGCAUGCUCAGUUUCGAUUCAUCUUCAAAAUUACACAAUAUCUGCGAUUACUAUUUUCAGAGCAGGGAUCUCUGUGGGUCAAUGCUCAUUAAACUUUUAUUUGUAGAUAUUUGGACAUGACGAUAAAUUGAAUAUUUUUUACUGUUUUGAAAAUAUUCUGUGCUAAUUGUAGUGUAUUCGUAUUACUCUUUUGUAGAGUGUGAAUUCUGAAUGAAGUGUUUCAUGCAUGUAGUUCGUGAACGUGAAAAUGAAGAAGGGAGUGGAAAUCGAGCAGAUGGCGGUGGAGAGUAGUUCAUACAGCUUUCAUUUAUCUAUCUCGGCAGUCAUCUGAGUGCAGAAAUACGUUAUUAAACUUCAAGCCUAUUGAUCAUAAGAAGAGCAGUGUUGUCGAUUGAUUCGCAUCUUGGAAAUAUUAUGUUGAAAGAGUUAAAAGUAUGUAAAAGAGGGUUUUGAACGUUUAGUACUAUCUUGAAACCGGCAGGCGAAAAGCCUUACCUGGUUCCUCAGGAACGGGGCGUGUUGUGAUGUUCAAGACAGUAGCUUGGUAUAUGGUCGUUGGCUUGAAAUUUAUUAUACGAUGCGGGUAGUGAUUAUGUGAGUUUUUGAGUGAAAUCUAAGCAACCGUGUUUCUUGAAGUGUUUCAAUUUCAUUGUAAGUAGACUGUGCGGGAAGUAAAUUUUUUAAUGGUGAAUGCAUGCGGUCUUCGGAUUAAACUUGUUUAAAUCGGGACGUAAAAUAUUAUGGUGAAAGUGUUUAAAUAACGUUCUGGCAUGCGGACCUACACUACACGGGAGUGACGGAGUUAAUGAAAGGUGAGCGUGGCCUGUAAAAAAAAAGUUACAGUUCACCAUGUCAGCGGGCACAUUUGUCGAUAGAAUAGACCCGUUUGCGAAACGUUCGUUGAAGAAAAAGACCAAAAAAUCUCAGGGAUCAUCGCGAUACAGGAACGCAGCUGACUUGGAGUUGCAACCUCUUCCACUUCUUAAAGAUGUGCCAUCGUCGGAGCAGGAGGAUCUGUUCAUGCGUAAGCUGCGGCAGUGUUGUGUGGCGUUUGACUUCAUGGACCCAGUGGCCGACCUGAAGGGCAAGGAGAUCAAGCGUGCCACACUCAACGAGCUGGUCGACUACAUCACGGCGGGCCGUGGAGUGCUCACCGAGCCAGUUUACCCAGAGAUCAUCAAGAUGAUCUCUGCGAACCUGUUCAGGACAUUGCCGCCCAGUGAGAACCCUGACUUCGAUCCUGAGGAGGACGACCCAACUCUGGAGGCCUCGUGGCCACACCUACAGUUGGUGUAUGAGUUUUUCCUGCGCUUUUUGGAAUCGUCAGAUUUCCAGCCUACUAUUGGGAAAAAAGUCAUAGACCAAAAAUUUGUACUACAGCUGCUCGAUUUGUUUGACAGCGAAGACCCCAGAGAACGAGACUUCCUCAAGACUGUUCUUCAUCGUAUCUACGGCAAGUUUCUGGGGCUGCGCGCUUUUAUUCGCAAGCAAAUAAACAACAUAUUUCUAAGGUUCAUAUAUGAAACAGAACAUUUCAAUGGUGUUGGAGAACUGUUGGAAAUAUUGGGGAGCAUCAUCAACGGCUUCGCCCUGCCUCUGAAGGCGGAGCACAAGCAGUUCCUGGUGAAGGUGCUGUUACCGCUGCACAAGGUGAAAUGCCUGUCGCUGUACCACGCCCAGCUGGCGUACUGCGUGGUGCAGUUCCUCGAGAAGGACGCCACCCUCACUGAGCCCGUGCUCAAGGGCUUGCUCAAGUUCUGGCCUAAGACCUGCAGCCAAAAGGAGGUGAUGUUCCUGGGAGAGAUAGAGGAAAUCUUGGAUGUGAUUGAACCUUCGCAGUUUGCCAAAAUUCAAGAACCUCUUUUCAAACAGAUCUCAAGAUGUGUUUCGAGUCCUCAUUUCCAGGUUGCGGAGCGUGCGCUGUACUUCUGGAACAACGAGUACAUUAUGAGCCUGAUAGAAGAGAACAACAACGUGAUCAUGCCGAUCAUGUUCCCGGCGCUGUACCGAAUCAGUAAGGAGCACUGGAACCAGACGAUCGUCGCACUUGUCUACAACGUCCUCAAGACCUUCAUGGAGAUGAACAGUAAACUGUUUGAUGAGCUCACCGCGUCCUACAAGUCAGAGAGACAAAAAGAGAAGAAGCGUGAAAAAGAACGGGAGGAAUUGUGGAAGAGACUAAACGAGCUCGAAGUUAAUAACAAAGUUAAAAAGAAAUAACGUUUUGAGUGCAGGUGACGAUGGUGAUGAAAUAAUCUGUCAGAAUUAAAGUCAUUAAAACUUUAUUUGUUGUUAAUAUAUUUGUUGUGUGAAAUUUAAAAAAAAAAAAAUAAGCGUGUGUCGUCUCCAGGACCAAAAGCUACAAGCUGUGCAGGUUGUUCAGGAAUUGUGAACGAAGCAGUCGCCGUGUUUGUUUUCUUUACUUUUCCUUCUGCUUGGACCGACUGUAAGGGAGGCCGUGACGGUGGAACUGCUGAAGCAUCUGCCUCCCGCUCUUCUCUCCCGCGUGUACAUGUGUUUCCACGAACUCCCCGAGCAACCACGUAUGUUAGUCUCUACCAAGUGCUACUGUCGUGCACAAAUUUGUUGGCAUUUCCACCGACCGAGUAAUAAGUAUACAUAUGUACAUAAAUAUAUUAUAAAUAUAUAUAUACACGUGUAAUGUUGUGCUGUAUAAUUCCCUGGUGUCGAACCGUCGACACUGCCGAGCGUGCCCGGAGGGAGGUCGGCACACUGCUUCUCGCCCCAGGUUCGCUCUGGCUUCAUUUGUACGUACCGUCGGGGCUGUCCGGCUGACCUUUUAAACCAUGAUGAUGCACACACAUGCAUGAUAGCGUAGCUUCUACAACUUUUUCAGUAGUUUCGGAGAGGAUGGAUGUAAUGUGCUGUAACUAGUCUAGGAGGCUUGUUCUGUUACGUUCAUGUGCCACAUCACUACUUGUGUUGUAUACAUUAUUUAUUUUUAACUGUUUGCUGUUCUCCCAUGUCAAUCGUGUGUAUGGAUUCUAUAAUCAUGUGAUAUUUUGAUAGAUUUUUUUUUUUUGUUUUGAGAAAAGCAGUUUGAUUGUUGUUAAACGUGUGUUCAUUUUCUCCAUAGUAGCGUGAGUUGUAUGUUAGAUUAGUGGGGAAAAAUAUUUUCUCUUGCUAAGUUUUACUGCAAGCGCUGACAGAAAUGUUUACAGUUUUCUUGCUGUGAUUACAUUACUUUAAAUUUUGAAGAUUGAAUAAUUUAAUUGAGUAAUAAUUAUUAAUAACUGUAUUUGCCAUAAGCUUAUAAUUGAUAAGGUGGCUAGAAUGUGAGUCAUGGCUGCCAAAAUAAUAAAUAUGCAUAAUACAAGUAAGUGAUUUAUAGAAACAUUUUGGACUGAAACAGUGGGUACAAGUCUCGAGGUAUAAUACCUUUGUAAUGACUGUAAGAUAUUUGUAAUCUUUUGUUUUCUUUUUGUUGUUUUUUUAAUUGUUUUAGAUUUGUUACUGAAGUAUAACCUGUACACUACUGAAUAUGUUGCAUAAAAUAUACAGUAAAAAUAGUAACAAUUUUGGAAUGCGUAGUUCCUGAAGUGUUGCAAAAUACAUAUAUAUUUUGUUAAGACAUUGCCUUAGUGUCUGACAGUUUUCUGUAUAGCAUGGAAAUUAAUUUGCACUCAAAUGGACUGUUGCACAUAAUAAAAUAAAUUCACUUUUAUUGUUCGGA